AAGACAGAGAGAUAGUUUAAGGAAAGCAUGCAUUUGACCGUGAAACUCAAAAAAGCGUGGUGCCGGCUGAAGCUCGAAGAGUUCCCCAAAGCAGCUCUGCUCGUAUGGGUUCAGUGGGGUGUCUGUUUUCCCCGUGGGUCUGGCGGGGAGUGCGCCUGUCGGAGGUAGACUUCCCGGUGGAUUACUGGAAGUAAAUAUGCCGUGCUCACAAAUUGACACGACCCGCGACGAAGCCUGUGGGCCCCCGAGGAAACUUGACGUAGCAUCUGUCGCGUUUCACAGCUUACCUUCAGCGUGUUCACGUACGCCGCCUACAACAGUACUCUCUUACGAGGCUGGCAUUAGGGAGCUAUAUGGCUGCGAGCAAUCGGUAAUCACACAAGCCAGCGGCCGUCUCAGAUGGCUCAAAAGCACACUGGUGCUCGUCGGCUACAUCUAUGACUUUCGUGGUUGUUCCCUGCUUCCAGUAUAUCGUAUUAUUGAGUGCAUGCUUGCAGUGAAAGCCUCCUCGAUGUUCCAGGUCAGCAGCAGCCCUGUUGUGGCGGGUAAGAGACGGGGCACCAUAUAAGACAGCAGUAAACGUCACGUCUCUUUUUCAGAAAAAUUUACAUGCAGCGUGACCUUUCUCAGAAGGAGGAUAAUUGCUAUUGUGCUUCGUUUCCGACGGAAUUUGCUAUGGAGGAGACUUACACUUUCUCGCCAGGCGUCUCUAAACAAGUGGCGAGUGCUCUGUCACCGUCUCACGGUUUGUGUUAGUGACGCUCAUUGGACUGGGUCACUGGGCCCGACAAAAGCAGUCCCAGCGUUACUUGUACACAAACAAAACGGUCACUGUAUCCAUCAAAGACCGUACAGGCGAGAGUUGCGUGCUCGUCAGUUCUUGUGGCGAUCAGGUAGAUGACGUCUGGGGAAUGUGCACGACCGUGCUGUUCACCCAUGGUGUUUCUGAGGCAUGCGUGAUUUCUUGAGGCACGGGGAGCUAUGUUAUAACCCACGCUGUGCGUAAAAAAAGAUGCAAUCAGUUGCUGACAGUUUCGCUGUAUUGAUCCAGUUCAUUGCAAUCAGCGAGCCGCCAGCCACCGUGGCUCGUACGCCGCAGACGAGACGAAGAAGAGGCGGCCGGGCUAGGCUCGUUCGUGCUUGCUGGAAUGCAUCAGUGUUCUUUCUGUUUUGGUGCCUUGCCACGUGGGCGCAGGAUAGAUGGACUGCUGACUUGUUUAUCGUUGGUGAAGGUGCUGACACGAACUUUCCCAUGGUCGACCAACCUGGCGGACCGGCGGACCGUGACGGCGUUGCUUUUGAACGUCAGGAUUCCGGCGUUGACUCUGGAAGUCAAGAGGUCGGUUUCGAUUUUGAAAAUCAGGGUUUUGGCGCUGAUUUGGGAGGUCAGGACGGCGGUACGUCCAUGAGGGACGGGGACCAGCGCACGACGCAUAACGGGGCACUUUCACUCAAGUCUCCGACUGGCGGGGACACACAAAGCGAAGCGGAUCUUUCAGGAGAGUCUUCGUCAGGACACGAAGCGCCCAAACAGGGCGAACCCCCCGAGCAGGGCGACCCCCCCGGACAAGCCGUUAUUCCUCAGGCACCUGUAGCCAAUUCGGAUUUUGGCUAUCGUGGCCACUCGCAAGUGCAGGCGGCACCAUGCGUGACACGGCGUUGUCCAUACUACAAACAACCCACAGAAGUGAUCGAAGAGGAGAACGUCAUGCGGAAGAAGCCGGCGGUUGUUUCCCGGAAGAGACAAGCUUCAGAGUGGUACUAUGGUGACGAAGAAACAACAACAAGCAAGGUCUUGCGUGGCGUUGGCUACGGGUGGAUGGCGUUUAUGGUCUAUGCCAUUAUUCGGCACGGGAUGAGUAACGAGCGGACGGAGCCCUACUACUAUGAAGAACAAUAGAAAGUCUGAUCUUGUUGGCUUACCCUGGAUGCCCCACUACGACGUACUGCGGUGACGCAGCCAGCGAACGUGGACAGAUGGCGUUUCUUUCUGAGAUUUAUGAACAAAAGAACGAAGUCGCUUUUUCCCAGUGUGACAAUCUCGUUGGUGUCCUUUUAUGAGUGUGGGAAGGUGAAACCGGUUCACUGGAGGCGCUGUACCUCAUGCAUGUGGUCGCAAAAGGUGCCCGCUUGCUAAAACCGGGGAACUGCUCAGAAUAUGACCCUUUCUGCUCGCCAUUUCCUGUGUCAAACUGCUACGUCACCGCGGUCUUGUCGUCAGUCGGUAAGGGGGACGCUUAAUGAACCCGGCUUCCCUGACCCGUACUCAGCCGGGCGGAGGAGUCCUUUUUGGAUUUUCGGAUCUGUGUGAGUGUAACGGCAGAGUGGCAUUGCAUCACGGCCAGAUGUUGUACUUUUGCUUUGCGGGCGGAUUUUUGUUUCUGCACGAUAUGUGGUGGUCAGAUGCCAAUGGUGUAUUUGGUGCACGCCUGUCGUUCGCCUGAUAUAAUACCUGGAUUCUGCUCCGCCUUUCGUGGUGCAAGAGUUUGCCUCAAGGCUGAGCCAUGCAGUGCGAAAGUAGUGUUACUGGGACAGCUUCAGCUCAUGGAGGAAGCCAACAUUUUAUGCAACAGGAAUUAUCUGCGGCCUACCGGGGAGGAUAAGAGGAUUAUUUCGUUUUUGUACACUCAGGAGUACUAGCCGAAAUUGUCGUCUUGGCGUGAAGACCUAGCUGCACUAACUCGUGUGUAUCACUUAACAACGCUUUUCG